AUGUCUAAUAAAAAGAUUGACCGAUCAAUGAUUGAUAAAAAUCUAAUUCGAACAAAUAGUGAUUUAACUAAUAAUACAAAAUCAAAUAAUAUCAAAGAUAAAAUGAAUAUAAAAAUUCAUGAAAUGAAUCCAUCACCUGGAAAUAUUCUUCUUCCAUCAACAAUUGGAAUUCCAUCAAGAAAUGAUAGGUCAGAAAGUCGUUUACGUGAUCCUCGUAUUCUUUGGGCACCAGCUAUAAGUAUUAGUGGUAAAAUUGAUCAACCAUUAAUAACACCACAAUAUCAAAAGAAACAACAACGUAUUGCAGAAAAAAUUGAACAAAUUAAAUUAAAUCCUAAGAUUGCAACAAAUAAUGAUUUAAGUCAUUUAACAAGAUUAGGUAAUGAUAAAACAAGAUUACCUAUAUCAUUUCUUCCGCAUAAAAUUAUUCCAUCAAAAAGGCCUUUAUCAAUAACACAGAGAAGACCUGGUCCAACAAGUUAUCAACGAUAUAAAGGUUACAAUCAAAUAGGUGAAGAAUAUAUAUAUACUCAACAACCUCGUAUUCGUAUUCAUCCAUUAAUUGGACCAAGAUUAAAACGUGAACGACAUCAUAUCGAUAUUAAUAAUAAAAUAUUAUUGGAAAAGAAAAAUAAUUUUCAAAAUAUAAAACCAUUUUGGACAACAAUCGGUACUCGAACAUAUAAUUCACGUUUACCAAACGCUCCAAUUUCUACCAUUCAUCAUCGAUUUGAUAUGAUAUGUAUCUAUGAAAUUUUUAUUUUAACGAUUAUUAAAUUCGGGGUGUUUUUUUUAGUCGAUACAGAAGAUAAAAAAAAUAAAUUACAAGAAAUGACUAUACCUGGACCAGCUAUGUAUCCAAUAAUCCAUACUAAUAAUGAAAUAAUAAAACGAAAUAUAUGUGGUGGUGUUCAAGGUAUAACUAUAGCACCAAAAUAUCGUGAAAAACGUUUAGAAUUAUCUGGUCCUGGACCAGCAAUGAUUGAACGAGAAUUAUUAGAUAAAGGAUAUAAAAAUAUUCUAAAAACAUCACCAGCUUUUACAAUGUCUUCUCGUUGGUCUCCUUAUUCACAUACAUAUAUGGAUGAAUGUUCUGAUAAUUUUUUUUGA